GCAUUCUGAAUCAGGAAGUGCUGGAGUUAACAUGGCUUCGAAAGGAGCGGCCGAGAGUUUGAGCGAGGAGCUAAUUUGUCCUGUCUGUCUGGAUUUCUUCAUCGAUCCGGUUAUACUGGAGUGUGGACACAACUUCUGUCGCUCUUGUAUCACACGGUGUUGGGAAAGGGAGGAGAGAAACUCCUGCCCGGAAUGUAGAGAGGAGUUUGCUGACCGCACCCUCAGGGCCAGUCGGGCCUUAGCAAAUCUGGCUGAAAAAGCUCGAAAUCUAAACCUGAAUCCGAAAGGGAAGGAAAGUAAACGUCACUGCGAGGAACAUGAGGAAGAACUGAAGCUGUUUUGCGAAACGGACAAGACACUGAUCUGUAUGAUCUGUGCAGUGGCGGAGGAACACAGAGAGCACCGCUUCAGGCCGAUUAAAGAAGCUGUUAAAAAAUACAUGGAUCAGCUAAAAUCUUCCUUAGACUCUCUCACAAAAAAGGAAUCAGACUUCCAGGAAAAGGAGCAGCAACAGAAAGAGAAGAUUUCUGGAGUUCGGGAACAGUCACACAGCCUUCAGUCCCACGUCACAUCCCAGUUUGCUGAACUGCGCCAGAUUAUCACUGAGAAAGAGCAGAGCUUACUCAGGGAUCUCAGGGAAGAAGAGAAGAGGAUUCUCAACACAAUGGAGAAAAAUCUUCUAGCACUUCAAGAGAAUAUAAGGAGUAUUCAGGAGGAAAUCACUAAGUUAAAGGAACAGAUGGAUCAGAAAGACGGUGUGAUAUUUCUCAAGGAGGAAGCUCGUCGGAACAGAAGGAUUAAUGACGAUGUCCAGGAAUUGUCAGUGACAGAUGAGACCCUACCGGUUGAAAAAUUCGAUCACCUCUAUUUGUUGAACACAGUGCUGAGAGAAACGCUUGGUGCUGUUAAUCGAGUUUCGGAGAAUGAGAGGAGAUCUCAUGGAAACACAAAAUUCUUUCAGGGGUCAACAGGCAGGAGUGAGCGAGGAUGUUUCCCCUGUUCAGCGGAAAACCCUUGUGGAGACAUCUGCUUUUGUCGAAUCAAAGUCUCUGUCACCCUGGAUGUGGAAACGGCGAGUCCGUGGCUCGAGGUGUCUGAGGAUCGGAAGAGUGUGAGAUGGACCGGGACCCAGAGGAAUCUCCCUGACACCGGGAAGAGAUUCACAAACUGGGAUUGUGUGCUGGGAUCGGAGGGAUUCACAUCGGGGAGACAUUACUGGGAGGUGGAGGUGACGGGGAAUCGGGGCUGGUGUCUGGGAGUCGCCGCAGAGUCUGUGGAGAGGAAGAGACGGGUCAGUCUGAGUCCGGAGACCGGAUUCUGGGUCAUCGGGCGGUUUGGUGACGUGUUACAUCGGGAUUAUGACGUGUCCGGUCCCCCCUCCCCCGAGUCCCGUCUCGCUGCCGGUCCCAUCCCCGGGAGGGUGGGAGUUUAUCUCAGUUACGAGUCCGGGACAGUUUCAUUUUACAACGCGGAGACCAAGUCCCAUCUCCACACCUUCACUGGGAAUAAAUUCACGGGGAAACUUUAUCCUCUCUUCCGGACCGGGGAUGUGAACCAGUGGCUGAGAAUCUGCUCCGGUUCCGCUCCGGGUCUGUAAACCGGUCGGGUCCCGGGACCGGCGUCAGGAGUAAAGUCCCUGUAAAUAUAAAUGUGCGGAGAGUGCAGCUAAAUACGUGGCUAAGGAGAUGGUGCAGGAGGGAGGGCUUCAUGUUUCUGGACAAUUGCGCUUUGUUCCCGGGAAGGUGGGGCUUGUUCCGACGGGACGGU